GUACUCCCUCUCUCAGCCGUUGGAUCGGGAAGCAGUCAGUCAAGAACGGCCCCAUCCCCCUCCGUUCAUCUCGGGUUCACGUGCCUGAUGCGCCUAUGCGAGCACCUGAUCGUCCUCGGAACACGGGGGAAAAAAUUAACACGAGGCAGUGUGGCACCCAAAAAAGAAAAAAAAAAGAAAUUCUAAAAAAAAACCCCGAAGAUCUCCACCGUGUCAUCCUCCUCCUCCUAAAUUCCCAUUCCCCAAUCCGUCGGAUCGCACCACCAGCAGCAGCAGCCGACGACGACGGCGGCGACUGCCGGAACCCCUCCGGCGGCCAAUCGCGACGAGCCCCGGGCUCCCCACCUUCCAAACCCUACCCGUCGAAUCGCGCGCCUCGAUCCGUUCCCGCCACGCCGAUCCCGCGCCGGGCCGUCCAAAAUCCGGUCGGGACUCUCCGCCGCCGGGCGUUGAUUGGGGAUUCAGAAUAUUAGGCGCCGCGAGCCGCGGCUCCCGCCCGCCGAUGCUUGGCUAGCGGAGGAGGCGGCGGCGGUGGCGGUACCAUGUUGCAGUGCCUGGAUGGGGUGAGGCACCUCUGCGGCGUGCUCCUCAAGUGCUGCGACAUCGACCUCAAGCAGCCCAACGGCCUCGAGGACCCGGAGGUCCUCGCCAGGGAGACCGUCUUUAGCGUGAGCGAGAUCGAGGCGCUGUAUGAGCUGUUCAAGAAGAUCAGCAGUGCCGUGAUUGAUGAUGGGCUGAUCAACAAGGAGGAGUUUCAGCUGGCGUUGUUCAAGACUAGUAAGAAGGAGAGCUUAUUUGCUUAUCGUGUAUUUGAUUUAUUUGACACAAAACACAACGGAAUUCUAGGAUUCGAGGAAUUUGCCCGUGCUCUCUCAGUAUUCCAUCCCAAUGCUCCUCUUGAUGAGAAGAUUGACUUUUCGUUCCAGCUAUAUGACCUUAAGCAACAAGGCUUCAUUGAAAGACAAGAGGUUAAGCAAAUGGUUGUUGCUACACUUGCUGAGUCAGGAAUGAAUCUUUCAGAUGAAGUCAUAGAGAGCAUCAUUGACAAGACUUUUGAGGAGGCAGACACAAAACAUGAUGGGAAAAUCGAUAAAGAAGAAUGGCGGAAUCUAGUACUGAGGCAUCCCUCGUUAUUAAAGAACAUGACUCUUCAGUACCUCAAGGACAUCACCACUACAUUUCCAAGCUUUGUCUUCCAUUCUCAGGUUGAUGAUACAUGAAACUAUGAGAUCCUUUUUUGCCCCUAAUGAAACAUCAGAAGGUAGUCCCAGUGCUUUUUUAAGCAAGCUUUCCAAUGUUGGUUUGAAGGUUCAGCAGAUGCCAUACCGUUCAGAAGUUGUAUGUUCGUUCCGAGAAGUCAAAGCUUUGUUGUUAAUAACACCUUUUCAUUUCUUGUUCAAAAUUCUGGCUGAAAUCAAUCCUCUGUUUUUUUUUAAUUUGGUUGUUGACUAAUUCUUGGUGUACAAAGCUGCAGUUAAAGUUCCCCUUUAGUGAAUUGUAUUUUACUCAGGAAAGUAUUAUAUUGUAUAUUUAUGAUUAAUGACUGCUGGAGACAAGCCUGACUCAAUUAAUUCUGUUACCAUUACCUGCAA